CGGGCGGCGGCCGGAAGGGGGCGGCGGGUGGUGCCGCAAGAUGGCGGAGUACGUGCAGCUGGUGAAGCGGGCGCUGAAGCACCUCGGCGGCCACGGCGGCGUCCGCGGCGCCGUGUGGCAGCUGCUGAGGGUCAAUGAUUUGAAGACUGGUACACUGAUAGGAGUCGACAAAUAUGGAAACAAAUACUAUGAAGACAAAAGAAACUUCUUUGGUCGACACCGAUGGGUCAUAUAUACUAAUGAAAUGAAUGGCAAAAAUACGUUUUGGGAAGUUGAUGGAAGUAUGGUGCCCCCUGAAUGGCAUCGCUGGCUUCAUUGUAUGACGGAAGACCCUCCAACUACUCAUCCACCAGUUGCUCGUAAAUUUAUUUGGGAGAACCAUAAAUUCAAUCUGAGUGGCACUCCUGGACAGUAUGUACCUUACUCUACUACUCGCAAGAAGAUACAAGAGUGGAUCCCACCCACAACACCUAGCAAAUAACAGCAAAAAGAAAUAACUUGCCUAAAACUUGGCUUUCAGUGCAAAUUAUAUUUUCACUGUUUUUGAUCAAAAUAAAAGCCUCCUAUAACAGUAAUAAUUUAGUUUAUUGUGCUGGGGGGAACCAAGUGAGAAAAUAUUGGUGAGAGGUGGAGGACAGAAUAUGUGGUAAGUGUUAACUUCAUCAAGAUACUAGGCGUUUUGUCAUGUCAUCAGUGGCUCUUGCCUUAACAUAAACAGCUCUUAAACUUUUUUAGUGUUGAUCAUUCCUGUGACAGUCAUUUCUCACAUUUGUAGCAUUCAACAGAGUAUGAAUAUAAAUUGGAAAUAAAUGAUUCUCAUCUUUAACCUUA